AUGGCUGCUAUCAAUGAAGUGAUUGUGGCCAUGGUGCCAUUUCCUGAUUACAGCCAUCUCAAUCAGCUCUUUGUUCUUGCUCGUUUCAUCGCGUCCCAUAAUAUACAAGUACACUUCCUCUGUUUUGCUGAUGAGAAUAAAGAUUUGAAACUUCGCGUUCAAGAUGAUGUAAGGGCCUCAAACAUCCAUUUCGACAACCUAUUGAGACCUUCAUCUCCAACAGAAAAAGAUGAUCGCGAUGGAGAGCCUCCGAUUCUAAUAUAUUCUUCCUUCAAACAAACUAUUCCUGACAUAGUUGACGAUGACGAUGAUCAUGAAAAAUUAAUCAAGCAAAUGCAGGAUGAGUUUCCAAUGUUGGAACCACAUGAGAAAUAUUGUUUUCAAAUGGAGCUUGAUGAUAUGGAGAUGCAAUACUCAGGAGAAAUCAUAAAUUCGUGUAAAGAAGUGGAAGAAUCACACUCUUAUUCGUCUAGCAACAUCACUCGUCAUGAUCAAUGCCUAGAAUUUCUCGACAAGCAAGAUGUUAACUCAGUAAUAUUCGUCUCGUUUGGAUCAACCACUACAUUAUCACAAGAGCAAGUCAAUGAGAUCGCUCUGGGUUUAGAACAAAGCAACCAUAGAUUUAUUUGGGUACUAAGAAAAGGAGAUAAUGCAGAGAAACUUAAAGAGAAAGACGUAAAGAUUGAAUUACCCGAAGGGUUUGAAGAGAGAGUGGAAGGAAGAGGAAUAAUGGUUAAUUGGGCACCACAGUUGGAAAUCUUGGGGCAUUCAUCGACGGGUGGGUUUAUGAGUCACUGUGGAUGGAAUUCUUGUAUCGAGAGCAUUAGCAUGGGAGUACCUGUAGCAACAUGGCCAAUCAGUUUCGAUCAGCCAUUUAACGCUAUAUUUUUAACCAAUUUGUUGAAGAUUGGAAUCUCUGUCAAGAGUUGGUCUCACCGGAAUGAAGUGAUAACAGCAUCAACCAUUGAGAAAUCUGUCAAGACAUUGAUGGGUACGAUAGAAGGGGAAGAGAUGAGGCAAAGGGCAGUGGAAUUGAGCAAACAGAUCAAAAACUCUGUUAGAAGCGGAGGACUUGCACGCAAGGAUAUGGAAUCUUUCAUAUCACAUAUUAUUGAAUAA